AUGAUAUCGGCAAAGAAGCCAGGAGGUGGGCUACGGUUCUGUGUCUAUUACCGUGCAUUGAAUGCCAUUACUGUCAAGAAUCGCUACCCAAUCCCGCGGAUGAAGGAUCUCCUCAGCCGAUUGUGGAAAGCCAGAUAUUACACGAAGUUGGAUAUCAUUGCCGCCUUCAAUAAGCUACGCAUCAAGGAAGGAGGUGAGUGGGAAACCGCUUUCACGACCAAGUUCGGCUCCUUUGAAUACCUGGUGAUGCCAUUUGGCCUAUGCAAUGCCCCGUCAUCCCUUCAAGGGUACAUCAACGAUGCUCUACAGACCUUUUUGGAUGUCUUUUGUACGGCCUAUCUGGACGACAUUCUAACUCACAGUCAAACACUCGAAGCCAAACCGCACCUCCGUGAAAAGAACCACAACAAGAAAUGGGCAAGAGGGGCUCAAGAGGCUCCAGACCAUCACUGCCACAAGCACACAUAUCCUGAAGACAAUUGCCGCAAAUGCAUGGGCAGGCCAAUUCGCCGAGAUCAAGAUCGAAGGGUCGGUCGGUCAGAGGCCAAAUACAAGCAUAACCUCCAGAACAAGCUGAGCGGCCACGCCGCGACCUUGGCUCGCAAGGCUUUCCGCAAUGAAGUGGUCAAUGCCAUCGAUGGCCUUUUGGCUCAUGUCUCCGACACCUCUGAAGAGGAGGAAGUCCUAGACGCUCUGGCUCGGAUGUCAUUGAGCGUCCCACCCUCGAGCUCUUGCCCCUUUGCCCACUGCGUGCCGACCUUCUUGAGCCCGCCCGACUGCUCUCCUUGGAUAAGGAAGAUUUAG